AUGAUGGGUCUUCCAGCUUCGGCUCCGAUCGCUCUACCCAUUCAACGAGGUCUAGUGCCCAUAGGGUUCGCCCCUCCCACCAAGUGGCGCAUGAGGCCUACCUCUACAAAGUUGGCUAUUCUCUAUCUCCUCUAUACAUUCACUAUCACCUGCGUCCUCACCUUCAUCAUGUGGCUCGCCUACGUGAAGAUUCCCUAUAUAGUCGACAUCGAGUGCGACCGGGAAGGCCAUGUCCGCACCCCACCCGCCGUCUCGACGCUAACGGUCUGUGAGCAGAUCAAGGUGGCUCAUGGCGGCCCAGCUAAGGCGGUCUACGCGGCCCUUGCUGCUGCCAACUUGACCUCGUUCGAUCUCACUCACAGUAUUCUGUGUGAACAAGGCGCCAUACCAGAUCUGUUGCAAGUAGCACAUGAUUCGGAUGAACCCGAUCUCGUCGUGUAUGGCCUGCAAGCUCUUGGUAACCUCGCUGGCUCCUCUUCGACCCACUCUGCCAUGAUGAAAUACAAGGUUAAAGUCGCGACACUCUUUGCUCUGUCCAACCUCAGCGGAUGUCCAUUGCAUAGAGAGAUGAUGAUGACCGAACUUGGAGUUCAUGAGGCUGUGUGGAAAGACUUGUUCGAUCCAUCGCGGAGAGUGAUGGCUCAAGCUUUGGAGGUUAUACGCGGCUUGUCGGUCCAUAAGAAGGCUCAAGAGAUGUUCCCGACGAUGGGCAUCCUCCCUUACUUGGCGAGUAUACUUCGAACCAAGGUACACAAGGAGGUCCAUAAUGAUGCCGUCAGUGAAGAUCUAAGGCAUGCUGCUCUGGACACCCUUGUUCACGUGAGCUUCAACGAAGUAUCGGCCAGGAUGAUCCUCAACUCCACAGAAUGUGUUGAGGUUGUGUCCAAACUGGCCCAACUAGGUGGAGAAGACCAGGUCAUCGGAGGCUUUGAUUACGAUGGCAACCUUCACUAUGUCGAACAGGCGUUAUGUAUAAUAGCGAACCAAUUGAGUGACCCGUCGACCCAUGCUGAUAUCAUGGAGGGUAGAGGUAGAGCACUCUACGAUGGUCUCCGUCACAACGUAGACUCGGCAAUAACUUCGGUGAUAGAGCAUGUCAUCAGAGCCUACAUGCAUCUCAGCAUGAACACUAGAUACCACGAACGGAUACUCGAGACUGGUCUUAUCUGUGGAGUGGUGAUGGUGGCAAUGCAUGAGCAGCUACCUUUAUCCAUGAGAGUCUGCGCCAUACAGCUCAUGGCUUCCCUCUCAGCUACGAGCCCUACGGCCCCUAGUGGAGACUCUGUCCAGGCAGCAUGUGCAUUGGUGGUAUCUGGGGACGCUAACGAUGUGGUGAGGCCCGGCCAGAGAUGUAUCGAUGAUAUGAUGAUAACUUCCCACUUGAGUCAUCCUCCUCAUCUCUCAGCCACAGUUGAACAGAGCCUCUAUCGGCAGCUGAGACGGUAUGCUGCAAUGACUGUAGCGAACUGUGCUGCUGCAAAGGAAAACAUAGAUCACAUCCUUGGUGGACAUCGAGAUGAUGCACCUUAUAUCAAGGCCAUGCUAUACACGCUCUCGACAACAGACGAUGCUGUAGUGAUGUCCCACAUAAUAAGAUGUUUCCACAACUUGGUCAAUAAUAGCCCAGCACGAUGUGCGCGGAUACUCCUCGACGCUGGUUUGCUGAACACGAUCUUCCUCAGCCCCACUAACAUAUCUCAUGAGAAAUCACGACGAUCUGACUCAGUACUGGACGUGAGCGGUGAAAGCGAAGGCCUCCACAAACAUCUGGGGUAUGGUAAGAUGCCGGUAGACGAAGCUCGGGGGGAGCACAUAAAGAAGCUGAUGGAAAACGAUGGUGAUGUUGGACUAUCGCUGGGAGAGAGAAAGUCGAUGCUACUGCUGCUGUUACAAGUGAUGAACAUAGAGAGCUGUAUAUACCUUUGCGACAUGCUCAUCGCUAUGAUCAACUCGGAGGAGUAUUGCAAAGUUAGGAUUAUGAAGGAAGAGGAGGUCCGCAUGUCCGCCACCUCCCUUCGUGGUGUGGUGAUGGCAGAUGGGCUGCGGCUUCUACUGACAGCUUGCGAGAACGAGACGCACGUCGAGAUAGUAGCUAACGCCUUGAAGGCUCUCAUCCCCUUCGCCGAAUCAGAGAUAUAUCGGCCCGUCAUAGGAGGGCCGUCCCUGAGAGGUAUGGAAAUCAUCAGCAGCUAUCUCUAUUCGGACAACCUUGAAUUGAAGCAGACGGCCAUCUUCCUCCUGCAGCAUCUUCUCACGAGUCAGGCAAACCGACGCUCUUUUUUGAACCUGCAUCGUGAUAGGGAACAAAGAGGAGUUUGCGACAUUAUGGCUAUCCCAGAGGAAGACGAUCUAGAAGGCCUUGUGAACUGUCUGCCGAUAGUUCGCCUUGGAAUCCCCAAGAACGUGGUACUCAAGCCAGGAGUCGCUAGUGGAAGUGACUCUAUGGAUCUUUCGGCCCUCGGUGACAUCUUUGCUGGAGGCCUAUAUGACCCUUUCGUCCUGAAGUGCGCGACGAGGGCGCUGGCUCUGCUCGCCGGGGAGAAGGACGUUAGUGCGCUGAGUAGGAUUAUCGACUAUAAGAUCCCUGUGCUCGUGCACAACAUAUUCUACUCGGGCCAGAUAGAUGAGGAGACUGCUGAGGGUAUCGUGAUGUUCACUGCUGAGAUGUGCCAGACCAACGACAGCACUCUGGAUUCCAUGGUCAAGUCGAUGAACGGCCGAGCACUUGUCAAGAUUCUGCUCACGUACCACUCCCUGGACUUCUCUCCAGCCACAAGAUUGGCAUGCUUGGGCGCGAUAUAUGUCCUUGCCCUUCACGGGAAGCAUCGAGGCUUGCUCAUUGAAUUCCUUCCUGUUUUGGCUGCUACUAUUGAUGCGGUGUUAUAUGGGAGCUCAGGAGAACAGAUCGACGCUGAUGACCCUAGUGUUGUACCUCUGGAACUACGGAGUGAAUUCGAUUCGAUAGAUUCUCUACGCGCUAUGACUGAGAGGAUGCUGUCUCUGAUUGCAACUUUCGUCUUGGAAACUCUCAUCCAGCUCACUUACGUCUGUCCCACGGCCCUGUCCCUGCAAGGUGUUGGUAAGAUACUAGAGAUCCUACCAUACUGUACACUGCCACUUAAGCAGAGAGUAUGUGUACUCCUAGCAAACGUUCUAUCGAGAGAGGUGGUCAACGACGACGGUGACGACAGAACAAAGAUCGAAAGCGCUCUCGCUUCUACUGGAGACUUCCUACAACGCCUUCUCUUCGACACGAAUGAUGACGAACUCAGACGUUACCUCACUGGGGUCUUGACCAACCUAGUGGCCGUGCCAGAAUGUGUGGGGACAACACUGAGGGCGAGCGCGGUGCUUCGUAUGUGUGCGAAAAGGAAUACCUGGGAGUACUACGUGUCGAAUUUUGCAUUGCAUUUGGAGUUGGCUAGGUUGUUGAACAACGUGGCUGGCAACAACCCUAGGGCCUUGAAUGACCCUCUUGUUGUUCGAUACAUCAACGCGGCUCUGAGGCACAGCUAUCGGCUGGUGAGUAAGGUGGUGGUGCCAGUGAAGGAAGGUGCUGGUGAGGAGAAAGAGAAAAUGGCGGGAACGUCCGAAAGGUUCACUUUGACGUUUACGCAAGUUGACAUGCCGCGGAUUGGAUUGAAGAUGAGCUGGCAGGAACCUCAUCCGCUUGUCAAGCAUGUCUUCCCUGGAGGGCCGGCGGAGCGUAAGGGAGAGGUACGAGAAGGCGAUCUUCUCAUGGCUAUCAACGGUGACACCGCCGUGGUGACACAGGACUACUUGAGCUGCAUAGAGCCGCUCUUGAAGCUGAGGCCACUCAAGCUUACUUUCUGUCAUCCGUUUGAGCAAGGAGAGGAGGUGGAAAGGAAGACUGCUGCUUUGGAACCGACCGGAGGAGUCUCCCGAGCAGAAGUGGCAUCGGCUGCAGAAGAGCGGGAACAACUUGAGUGUUUCCAGCUGCUCUUCAAUACACUAUACGCUUUAUCGGCCGAUCGAGGAGUACAGGAAACCAUACUGGCUGAGAAAAGUACCCGGGAAGGCACAAUUGUGGAGUGGAUUGUCUCUACCUUCGUCGCCACUGACGGACUGGGUCGUGGAAUGCGAGAUGCCCAAAGCACUGAGAAACUGCAUAGUGUUGCGAACAGGAGAACGGCCUAUGCUAUCAUCGCCAAUAUGUGCAAGUCUCACGGGAUCAGCCAGAGACUGUCCGCUGCUUUAGUGGGGAAUAUCAAGAUGGAUGUGGACUUCAGAGUCACCUCUUCUGAGCUGGCCAGUGAGGAGGAGCUGGGGGAGGUGUUGGCCCAUAAGGACAUGCAGAUGCUGGCGCUGUAUGCAUCUAUUCUUUCCUAUUGUGAUACUGUGGAGGCUGAAGUGGAUGUUGACAGCGAAGCAUUGGAGAGCACGAUACGACUCGCUAGGGAGCAGCUUGAGGAAGCUGAAGGCCAGGCAACGAUAGCACCGAUUGGUGAGUCUACUAGUGUGGGGGUUGACAUAGGGGAUUAA